AAGGGGAAGUAGUGGCUCUUUAUAGUCCCAAGCAUUUUUCACACAAUAUAAUUAUUUACAGGAGAUGGUAUGAUUUCCUUGUGAUUCUGGGGGUUUCCAAAACCCAAAUACCUCCACUACGGAGCUUAUCCCUUCCUCUUUUGGCAGAUUGCAUCAGUGUAAGCCACGGGUUUUCAUUUCGCUGGUUUCAUAUUCUGCAGAAGAGCCAGAGCAACCUGGCCAGACCGGCUUUCUAGUGCCCAACUCUUCUCAGGGCUUCUCCACUCAGCUGACUCUUGCAACCAACUGCUGCUGGCUGCCUAAGAUGCUUUCAACAGCUUCCCUUAUUGGGUUGGGAGGAAGUUGGCCCGCAACCAGAAACAAGGUACAAAAGGGUGUCCUUAUGUAGUUGUUCUCACAAGGGCUACCAUAGCUGCACGAAAGUAAUUGAGUGAUAGACAGGUCCUAGGACCUGAUGUCACCUUUGCAACCACAAUCACCCCCAGAAUAGACUGCUUCCUGGAAGCCUGUGAAGAAGGCCUAAAACUGGCUUCGAGCUGCCUGUGUCCCAGGCUAGGUUUCGGUUCCCUAAUCGGGUCACAAGGAAGGGAGAGUUGGCAAGUUGUGGUUCACUAGCCCCACCCGGCCAGCCAGUCGUCAUGGCAACACCAAUCCCUUGUCUCCCUCCUCCCAGUCAGUCUCCCAGCAGCUAGGGGAGACGAGCGGGACCCGCCGAGGCGCCAUGGAGCGCGUCCGGCUCCCGCGGUGCCCGCGCUGGCUCUGCCUCCACCUCCUCCUGCUGCUGCUCCCGGGGGCGCCGGGGCACCGCGGCCUCCUCGAGAGCCCGCGGGAGCGCGAGGACGAGCCCGGCUCAUCGUGGGCCUGGCCUGGCGUCCGGCGCCUGAAGGAGCAACUGGGGGCGGCCGGUGCCCUCUCCAGGCGGUACUGGACACUCUUCAGCUGCCAGGUGUGGCCCGACCACUGUGAGGACAAUGACGAGGCGACCUCGUCCCCCCUGGACUGGAACCUUCCCCGGUGGGGCAAAUGGUCCCUAGAGCGGCUGACCACGUGGUUCCGCAGCUUCCAGGAGUGCUGUGAGGGGCGAGACUGCAGGAUCUCCAACAACUUUUCAGGCUUAGAAUCGGACCUGACAGCACGACUGCAUGGCCAGCAUUUGGCCAGAGAUCUGGUCCUGAGGGCAGUCAGGAGCUACUUAGAGAUGCCCCAACCAGACAAGGCACUGGUUCUGUCAUUCCAUGGCUGGUCUGGCACAGGCAAGAACUUCGUGGCACGGAUUCUGGCAGAGAACCUGUAUCGGGACGGGCUGAGGAGUGAUUGUGUCAAGAUGUUUAUUGCCACUUUCCACUUUCCACACUCCAAGUAUGUGGACCUGUAUAAGGAGCAGCUGCAGAGCCAGAUCCAGAGGACCCAGUGGAGCUGCCACCAGAGCCUGUUUAUCUUCGAUGAGGCUGAGAAGCUGCACCCCGAGCUGCUGGAGGUCCUUGGACAAUACCUGGAGCCCCGGGUCAGCAAGGGUCCACAGGCCGAGCCUCCAAAAGCCAUCUUUCUCUUUCUCAGCAACCUUGGGGGCAGUGUCAUCAAUGAGGGAGUCCUGAAUUUGCUUCUGUCUGGACAGUCCCGGGAAGAAAUUACCAUGGAGCACCUGGAGCCCUACCUCCAGGCUGACAUCACAGAAUCCACAGACAGUGGCUUUGGGCACAGCUGUCUUGUGAAGAAAAACCUGGUUGACUUCUUUGUCCCCUUCCUGCCACUGGAGUACCGUCAUGUGAGGCUGUGCGUACGUGAUGCUUUCGUGAGUCGGGAGCUCCAGUACACAGAAGCAGCUCUGGAUGAAAUCGCCAAGAUGAUGAUCUAUGUCCCCAAGGAGGUGCAACUCUUCUCCUCCCAGGGUUGCAAAUUGAUUUCCCAGAGAAUUAAUUACUUCCUGCCUUGAUGGCUACACCAGGGCUUUCUGAAGCUGCCUGUCUCUACUACUGUGACCUGUCCAAGGCAUCAGGUAGUGUCCAGCAAUCACUAACACAUGACUUGUGUGGACAAGCAUGGCCUGUAAUUAGCAGAGACAGUUCAUAAAAUCCCAUGGUGCCUUAAAGACCUGCCAAGAUGGGCCAAGAGACUGGAGAGUUUGGAGGGUUGCUGGGUUACAGAACAGGGAAGUUCUAGCCCAAGGGUAGUGAGUACAGCCCAAGUUUGCAGGCUGCUAGGUCUGCCUUACAGUUCUUCCUCCUAUAGGACAACUGAGCUGUGGAUGAGCAGCUCAGCAAAGACUUUAGGCUAAAAGGAAAGGUGCACAGAGAAAACUUAAAUCGUGUAAAUGAGGCUGGGAAUGUGGCUUAGAGGUAUAGUGCUUGCCUUGCAUGCAUGAAGCCCUGGGUUCGAUUCCUCAGCACCACACAAAAAG